UUCAAUUAGCCGCUUCACCGAAUAACAAUUCUCCCUCUCCGCGAUUUAUACGUUUGUUUGCACAACCGACGUCCUCUCCUCGAGAUUUCACUCGAUCCCCCGGGGGUAGCGUCUCGCCGACACUUACAACUUUUCCAAGUGUCGCAAAAGCGAGACGUUAAUUAUUGCCAAUUAGCAUACCGCAUGGAUAUUUGCGCAAAACUUGAAGAUAAUUGCGUCUCGUCGCGCGGUACGCGUGCGGGAUUUCUGGAAAGGUCGACCCUGUCCAUUGGCUCAUUCAUUUUUGGGCGAGCGAACAGCACAGGUUUAAUGAAGUGGCGCUUGUCAGAGGCGAUCUUGAAAGGGAACGGGCGACGGCUACCUGAAGGAAGUCAUCGUAAAACCGAUCCGCUCAGUGUUCAUUUACAACUGCUACCUUUCAGAGGGGAGCGAGCCCACAUGAAACGAAAUCGUCGAUCCUGUUAGUCGGUUGAAACUCGCCGGAUCACGUUAAUUGCGGUUGGAUACGUUCUGGAUCUCGUUGCGAAAUCUGCCGCGCGAUUACCGAUUACGCAUUCCUCCAGUACAUUUCCUUGGACGUAAACAAAAAUCAGGCAUAAACAACUAGUGGAAGUGAAGUGUCGAAAGGAACGCUCGCCGCACAGUGAUUCGAACGCAAUUUAUCCUGAAUCGCCACGUAACGGGUCGUUGGAACGGAACUCCUUUCCAAUAAUAAUUCACUGGAAACGUCGUAGGACGAUGAUUAUGCGGAAUAUAAAUAGCCGAUUAAUUGGCGGUGCUCGAAAGCUGUAAUUAUUACGCGUGCGAUCGUUUUAUCGGGCAUUGCGUCUUUGCGGCCGUCUCCUCGCCCCGCCGAGAUUCUGAGUAUCGAAUCGCCUAUUCCACGUAUCAACUGUUUUAAUCUCGCCUCGACACGAUGACAAAUUGGAGCAGGACGCUGGCCGCGGGUAUCAUCGGGAUCGUACUUCUGACGGCCAUCAGCAAGUAUUCCGAUGCCUGCAACGAGGCGAUCUGUGCCAGCGUCGUGAGCAAGUGCAUGCUCACGCAAAGCUGCAAAUGCGACCUCGUCACCUGUACCUGCUGUAAGGAAUGUUUCUCGUGCCUCAGCUACCUCUAUGACGAAUGCUGCUCCUGCGUGGAUCUUUGCCCGAAGCCGAACAUCACGGACAAUCCUCUGAGCAAAAAGUCGCACGUGGAGGAUUUCAGCGAACCGAUGCCGGAUCUGUUUCAAGCGUUAACCGCGGAACCAGAUCCGCUGGAUCGAUGGGUCACGUUCACGUAUCCGGUCGACUUUGACAUGUCCCACUUCACGCCGAAGCACGAGAAGGAAAUGAAGUAUCAUAUGCAGACCGCGGACGAAGAGAUCCACCCGUUGAAACCGAAUGUCUUGACGUUCAACUGCACCGUCGCGUUCAUGGAUCAGUGUAAUUCGUGGAACAAGUGCCGCGCGUCCUGUCAGAGCAUGGGUGCUACCAGUUACAGAUGGUUCCACGACGGCUGCUGCGAGUGCAUAGGCGACACUUGCAUCAACUACGGGAUCAACGAGUCCAGAUGCAAGCGCUGUCCGUCGGACAAAGAGGAGGAGGACUCGAAGGACCAGUACGACGACUACGGACAGGACGAAGACGACUUGGCGGAAGAUGAGAUCGAUUAACGUAGCUCGUUGUUCCCUCGAUGUGGAUAUUGUAUUCAAAUUGUGUCGAGUGCCUUCCCAGUGACGAAGUCUUCGAACGUGUGUAGGAGAACUGUGUGUAGUUUCGUAAUUGAUGACCGUUUCGUUUUGUAAAACGUGCGAUAGGUGACGGACUUGUAAUCAGUACCCUUGAAAAGGGAUUAAAGAGUAUAAUUUAAAAAUGAUCGCGGUCGUUAAGGCUGAAAGCCGUUGACUGCCAAUAUUAGUUUGUACUUGAGUGAGCGGUAAAGGCUCGUUUCUCUUUCUCUUUUAAGUAUGUAAGUAGCGUCGAAUCUUUUAUUUUUCUGUGCCAUAUAAACAAGUUGUACAUGUAUCAAAUCAUUCUUGUUACUUGCGUCGGAUAGAACUCGUCUGAACGUUUUCCGAAUAAGUUGACAUACGUUACGAUAGGCGACAACCGAUAUUGUUAAACAGUAUUGGAGGCAUGACAAGGAUACGCUUUAUUGCGCGGCGAUGCACGCGUGUGAACAAUCAAAUCGCUGGGAAUGCAUUUUGUAUGAUAUGGUUUAAUGUCGCACUCGGUUACGUGAAUGCAUGAUAAAGGGAUCGAGCUGGGAAAUGUCCAAGUUGUUGUUGCUCUCAAAUUCAAGCGGUUACAUGUAAUAUAAAUAAUAACGUUAGCAUAAUGUCGACAACUAAAAUCGGAAAUUCCAUUAAAGCUUUGCCGUGUGAACGGAGAGAGUGUGGUUCGACGAACGAAAAAGAAAUAUAACGAUGAGCAAUUCUCCCCAGUAAAUUAUAUAGAGAGAGACUAGAAAGAGAUACCGGGACCAAUAUCAAGCGAUGCCCGUUUAGUAAACUGAUGCAGACAAUCAAAAAUUUUACAUUACAUUUUUAUAAAUAAAUCUAUUCCGUAAUACCA